GGCGGGGAGGUCAGGUGACCCAGCUGGCGUCCCAAGAUGGCGGCGGCGGCGGUGCCCGGGAGGCAGAGGCGGUGUCCGAGCUGUUGAGGUGACUUCGCGGGACAAGCGACCGGUCGGCUGGACCGAAAGGCGGCGGCAGACGCACGGCCGCCCGGUGUGCACAGCCGGGGCUGGGCGGUGCGGCAGCUGCGCCGGGGGAUGCCGGGGCUGGGCCGGGCCUCUCUCUCCUCAACUUAGGGUGGCGGCGGGCCCGCACCCCUGGUUCCCCGGCCAUGGCUCUGAGGGAACUCAAAGUGUGCCUGCUUGGGGAUACGGGUGUGGGGAAAUCAAGCAUCGUCUGGCGAUUCGUGGAGGACAGUUUUGAUCCAAAUAUUAAUCCAACCAUAGGGGCAUCUUUUAUGACCAAGACUGUCCAGCACCAAAAUGAGCUACAUAAAUUCCUAAUCUGGGAUACAGCUGGACAAGAACGAUUCCGGGCGUUGGCACCGAUGUACUAUCGAGGCUCAGCAGCAGCCAUCAUUGUUUAUGACAUCACAAAAGAAGAGACGUUUUCCACAUUGAAGAACUGGGUGAGAGAGCUCCGCCAGCACGGCCCCCCUAGCAUCGUUGUCGCCAUUGCUGGGAACAAGUGCGAUCUUACUGAUGUCAGAGAAGUCAUGGAGAGAGACGCUAAGGACUACGCCGAUUCCAUUCAUGCCAUCUUUGUAGAGACCAGUGCAAAAAACGCCAUCAACAUCAAUGAACUCUUUAUAGAAAUUAGUCGAAGAAUUCCAUCCACCGAUGCUACUCCGGCGUCUGGCGGCAAGGGCUUCAAACUCCGAAGACAGCCAUCGGAGCCAAAGCGAAGCUGCUGCUGACGACCCAGGAGCCCACCCUGAUGAAGAAGCAAGUGGUUCUGGAUGUUGCAGGAGAGCAGGCCAAUGGAAGCCGCCUCGUGCUCGGGAGUCGCCUUUAUGCAAAAGGACUCAAAGAAACUGGCUGUUUGGUUCUCCUGGAAGACUGCAGUGGGUGUUUCCAUCUUUAGACUUGUGCCAGUGGCCUCUGGCAUGCAAUGGGACCACAUCCUUGGCUGUUGACAUAGCUGAAGGAGCAUCUGAUGUCUGGAUGGUAGGAUUGAACUGCUGGUACUUUUGUAAUCAGGAUGUCCUGUAUCGCUUGUAAAGGGAAAUGAGCACUUUGGUGCAUCUUAGGGAAAAGCUGUGGAGAUGAUCAUCUUCGUGGCCAUCAUCUCUAGUGUCAGAGUCGCAUCAUGUAAGAUGUGGAAAGUGAUCACAAGUGGAGGGAUGGUUGUUCUAGGACAGCGUCCACCAUCUCUAAUGCACUUUCACACAUGGCAGCAGCAGUGGCUACUGCCUGGUUCACCUUGGGUUUGCUUCUGGCCCUGUAUGUGUCACCACACACACUAGUUCUAUUGUUACCACUCUAAAUAAACUCUCAUGGUCCAGGUGAUGUUGUUGAGAGGCUGCCUAGAGCUGGUAGAGUUGCAUGUGUCUAAACUGAUGAGCAGUGGUUUAAAAAGAAAGAACAAAGGAAAUGAUUCUUUUGGUGGUGUUUGGUUGGUGGUGGUUUUUUUUGUUCUUUGGCCAGGUAUUUUGGUGGGAAAAACAAGUGUGUGCUACCUAGCAUAUGUAAAUAUGUAGUCUAUAUUUAUGAGACCAUUGCUUAAAAAUUAUAAAUUAUGUAAAUAGAUUAAUAAUGUCUGAAUUCCUUUCAGUACUCAUUUAGUCCUGUGCCCAGUCUCAUGUGAGCCCACCCGGUUUUCAGCCUGUCCACAGGAAACGCUGAAGCCAUUUACAUUGUGCAGAAGCAUGGAGCACUUAGCUCACAGCUUCCUUCCGCUUCCCCCUCGCCCUUGUGCAUCCCAUCUGGAAAUGGUAAUAAAGACAUAUGCCUCCUUGACAAGCCUGACUAGUCCUUCCUGCCUGGGGCGAGAGUGAGCCCAGCACCAGCCAUUUACCUGAGGCAAGCAAGAAGCUCCUCUUAGCUCCUCCAGUGAGCUCAGAGCAACUGUUCUAGGAGUGCUCUGCUUACUAACAGCCUGGCUCACCUCUCCCUCCUUUAUUUUCUCUUGCCUCUGUCAGUGCUUUGCACUCUUUUCCCUCAGGAGCCUAAUGAGGUUUUUAAUAUAAUCUAAAAAUAAAGCACCCAAGUGAAGCUGCUGGAAAUUUGUUCCUGGCCUAAUUUGGCACCCUUCCAUCCCAAGUAUUGUAAGGGAAGGAAAUUUACAAGAUUAAAUAGGAAAUGAAACAGCUUGAAUUUCAAACCAAAUUGUGUUUUCAGAGCUGUCCUUAAACUGAACAGUCAAAACUUUUAAAAACAAUUGUUACUACUUUAUGCCCCUCCUGUAUGUGCUUAAAAUGGAGAGGUUUUAUUGGACAGCGGGCAACCCAGGUGACACCAGGCCUGACUGAGGCCUUGUAAACGUCUCAAGUUGUUUGUUCUUACUGAAGUCAGACUUCAAACACCUUCUAUAUAAACAAAAACAAAGCUGCUUGGCUCAUGUGGAUAAGGAUGCCCACAUGCGACCCUUUCUGUCUCAUUUCACCAAAAGAUGGUGUAAAUUCAUGGCCUGAAGAGUUCAGUAAAUUCUAGCAAUCCAGGCACAUCAGUGUGCAGAACAGCACCUCUCUCCCACUGUGCUCUGCUGUAUCCAGUGGCUGCUCUCCCCUGUGGCGCCUGGCAUCUCUAGCGUGGUUUCCCUCUCAUGUGACAUGUAGAGAGUGACUCUGGCCACAGCUGCAUGUCUUAACAGGAUGAGAAGCACGAUGUUUCCCUCACCCUCUCUGUCAC